CCCCGAACCCAAACCACCUCCCCUGUUCCAGUUAACCCAACCAACCACCUCCCCUAUUCCAAUUUCACCGGCUGCUCCGCCGCGAAACAUGGCACACCCACAACCCGUCCUUCCCAAUUUCCAUAAUUUCCACGAAUCCUGGCUCAGCACCCAACAAUCCUUCCUCCAACAGCUUCUCGAUUCCGCAGCCUUACAGAGCAACGACAAGGAAGACGCCCAAUUGCGCCUAAUCGCCCAAGUCCUCGCCCACUACCAGCAAUACUACGACGAGCUCUCCAAGGCCGCCGCCGAAGACAUCUUCCAAGUCCUCUCUGCCCCAUGGCUCACUUCUUUUGAGCGCACCUUUCUUUGGAUUUCUGGCUUCAAGCCUUCCCUCCUCAUCCGCCUCCUCUUCGCCGCCGUCAACGACUUGACCCCAGCACAGUCGGCUAGACUAAACGAGGUCAGAGCCGAGGUCAAGUGGAAGGAGAGGGAGUUGACUGAUGCUAUGGCUAGUUUGCAGGAGACAAUAGCGGCGCCGCCGAUGUUGGAGCUGGCGAGGCGGGUCGGAGCUGGGAGGCUUGUGGACCGAGAGAUUUGCGAAAUGGAAAGUGCGAUAGAGGAUCUGAAGAUGGGAAUGUUGGGGGUUGCGGAUAAAGCGGAUUUGCUGCGUGGGUCGACGGUGAUGACGGUGGUGGAGUGUCUGAAUUCCGAUCAGAUGGUGAGGGUUUUAGCGGCGGUGGUGGGGUUUCAAUUGCGGGUUAGAAGAUGGGGCCUUCAGAGAGAUUGAAUUCACGCCAUGAAAUUCGAUUUGGAAUGGGCUCAACUCAACCAAUACAUAGGCCCAUUUCCAUCGCCUGUUGUGCUUCAAAAAAUUUCAAUUUUCUGUUUUUUAUAAAC